AUGGAGUCAAAUGCUUUGAACGGAAGAAUGGCUCGUUGGCAAAUUUUGUUUUCUGAAUUUGACAUAGUCUACGUGAACCAAAAAGCUGUAAAGGGGAGUGCAACAGCAGAUUUUCUAGCCAGUAGAGCUUUAGAAGAUUAUGAGCUGUUAAGCUUUGAUUUACCAAAUGAGGAUCUAAUGUAUGUUGCAACCAUGGAAGAAAACUCUCAAGAAGACCAUCCUUGGAAGCUAAACUUUGACGGGGAUUCAAAUGCUGUGGGGAACGGGAUCAGGGCAGUUUUAGUAUUCCCAAACAGAGAUCAUUAUCCUUUCACUAGUAAAUUGGAUUUUGACUGCACAAACAACAUGGCAGAAUACGGGGCAUGCAUCAUGGGCAUCCGUGCAGCCAUAGAACGUAAGAUUAAAGUAUUAGAGGUAUACGGAGAUUCUGCAUUAGUGAUCUAUCAGCUUAAAGGUGAAUGA